AUGUCCUGCCCACCUAUGAAUGGGCAACUUAGUCAGGGGUUCUCCAUUGACGACACCCAUGGCUCUCAGGACCCUCCAUCAUUGAAAUCACAAAGGGCCGCAAAGAAGAAAAACGGGUCCAGGAGAGGAACUGCAUUCACCAAAGAGGAGGACUUGGUGGUGUGUUCGGCAUUUCUGAAUAUUAGCAAAGACCCUAUUACUGGUACGAAUCAGACUUCAGGUGGUUAUUACAAGAGGAUGCAUGAUUAUUUCAAUGAGCAUAAGCCUGAAAGGUCCAACCGUAGCCAGAUUGCGAUUCAGCAUAGGUGGGCAUUGAUUCAGAAAGCGAUGAACAAGUUCUGUGGGCACAAAGAAGCUAUUGAUAGGCUGAAUGAGAGUAGAAAAAAUGAGCAGGAUCGGAUUGAUGAUGCUGUACAAAUGUAUGAGAGGACGAGAACCUUUUACCAUCAUGCAUUUUGGAAAAAACUUAUAGCGAGGCCAAAUGGAAUAAUAAGUUUCUUGAGCUAA